AUGGCGGAAGCAGCUGCAUCGUCCACAGCGGCCCCAGCGAUACCAGGAGGUUGGACCAAACACGUAACUUGCAGGUAUUUUUUGCACGGUCUAUGCAAAGAAGGCGACAACUGUCGAUAUUCUCACGACCUGACCAACAGCAAGCCGGCCGGAGCCAUGCUUUGCAAGUUCUACCAGAAGGGAAACUGUGCAUUCGGGGACCGGUGCAGGUUUGAACAUCUUAAUCCAUCAAAAGAUGAGCCGCCGACCCCCGAGUCAUUGCCUUCAACCUCCGGAGCCAGCCGGCCUGAUCCAGAGCUCAGUGGGCCCACCGGUGGUCUUGAGGCACAAGAUUGGGUCAAUGCUGCGGAAUUUGUGCCUGGGCAGCCGUACUGUGGACGUGCGGAGUCCGCCAAGGUGCGCAACUCCGUCCCACUCAUCGAGGAGUUUGACAGCGAGACGGCGCGCGACGACAAAGAGCUGAUCAAGGAACUGUGUCCGUACGCCGCCGUGGGCGAGUGCCGCUACGGCCUCAACUGCGUCUAUCUCCAUGGCGACGUGUGCGACAUGUGCGGCUUGCAAGUGCUCCACCCCACCGACAACAACCAGCGCUCGGAGCACACCAAGGCGUGCAUCGAGGCCCACGAAAAAGACAUGGAGAUCUCAUUCGCCAUCCAACGCAGCAAGGACAUGAUGUGCGGCGUGUGCAUGGAGGUGGUUUUCGAGAAAAGUAACCCGAGCGAGCGCCGCUUCGGCAUCCUCUCCAACUGCAGCCACUGCUACUGUUUAAAGUGCAUCCGUAGGUGGCGAAGCGCCCGGCAGUUUGAGAGCAGAAUCAUCAAAUCUUGCCCGGAAUGUCGGAUCACAUCUAACUUUGUCAUCCCGAGCGAGUUCUGGGUGGAAGAGAAAGAGGAAAAGCAGAAACUCAUCCAGACAUACAAGGAAGGCAUGGGGGGUAAACCGUGUCGAUAUUUCGACGAGGGCCGCGGAACAUGUCCUUUUGGCUCCAACUGUUUCUACAAGCACGCUUAUCCUGACGGGCGUCUGGAGGAGGCUCAGCCUCCGCGGCGGCAGACCGGGUCCAACAGCAGAAACCGGAACUCACGACACACGCGCCUCUGGGACAUUCUGGACGAGAGAGAAAGCGGCGACUCGUUCGACAACGACGACGAGGAGAUGGUCACGUUCGAGCUGAGCGAGAUGCUCCUCAUGCUGCUCGCCGCCGGCACCGACGAAGAGGUGACCGACUCUGAGGACGAGUGGGACUUGUUUCACGAGGAAUUGGAUGAUUUUUACGAAAUUUACCUAUAG